UGCUCCCCGCAGCCUGGCUCCGAGCAGGCAGGAUCCGGGCUCGCCCGCGGGAGCAGAGGGAGGCUGGGCUCGUGUCCACAUGACGAGCAGACUUGCACAGUUCUCUGGUCCGGAUUGUUCUGUCUCCCGUCCUCCUUUCCCAAGCACGAGGACCCUCCUGCUGACGCUGUCACUAAUGGAGUUGCUGAUGGCAGAGAUGCUGUGCUGGGCAAGACAGAGCCGCAGCCUGCUGCAGAAAAGCCUCCCAAGGGUAACGGUGAUGAGCAAGUACCCCCCCUCCUGCCUCCCCCUCCACCUGGCAGCCUCCCUCCUUACCCCCCUUACUUUGAGGGAGCCCCCUUUCCCCGCCCGCUGUGGCUGCGGCACACCUACAACCAGUGGGUUCCUCAGCCGCCGCCACGGACUAUAAAGAGGACGAGGAGGCGUUUGUCACGGAAUAGAGACCCGGGAAGGCUCAUCAUGAGCACGAUCAGGCUGCGGCCGAGGCAGGUGCUCUGUGAGAAGUGUAAAAACACUCUGAACCCCGAGGAUGCCAACACAGCCAGGCAGAGUGCUAAAACCAGGAGGAAGCUGAGCAUUCAGGACAAAGAGCAGAAAAAACACAGUGACUCCGACUACGUGGAGAAAAGGAACAAAAGAGAGAAGAGAGAGGAUGACAAGUUUUCUGGGGAACUAGUGCAUCGAACACCAGUUAUAAAAAUAUCGUACAGUACUCCACAGGGAAAGGGCGAAGUUGUAAAAAUCCCGUCCCGGGUUCACGGCUCAGUCAAACCGUUUUGUCCAGAGCGAAUAUUACAGAACGGAGGGGAGGACCAAGAGGAGACCAGAGACUCUGAACGCUGUCGAGAAACCAAAUGUUUAAUGGACAAGUCAGCAGGCAGCCAGCUUGCUUCCAUUCCAAAACUGAAGCUCACGCGGCCGGUGCAUUCCAGUGCGGAUGUCCCACCCCCAAAGAUACGGCUGAAGCCCCAUCGCAUAAAUGAUGGUCAGAGUGUUUCAAUUUAUAAGGCAGAACUGAUUGAUGAAAUCAGCGUCCUUCAGAACAGCAGGGAGUCCAACCCAGGCGCGUUUUACAAUGAUGAAUCCACAGACAGAAAUUUAGCUGAGAUAUCUUCAGGGAGUUCAGGUGAAGACGAUGAUUUUAAAAGAUUUCCCCAGGGUAAAGAUGGACAUGAUAACUUGGCUUUCCUUAUGAAUUAUCGUAAAAGAAAAGCAGAUUCUUCUAGUUUAUCAGUGUGUAGUAAUGACAGUCUAGACGAAUCCAAGUCUUCUAGUUCAGAAGUGACAUCACCAGAAAUGUGUGACUUUUUGCCUGGUGAUGAUGCAUCCGUCUCUUCAUCUUCAAAAGAUGAGCGUAAAAUUGUGCCGCCACUGACAGUCAGACUGCACACCCAGAGCGUGUCCAAAUGCGUCACAGAAGAUGGAAGAACUGUUUCAGUGGGGGAUAUUGUUUGGGGUAAGAUUCAUGGGUUUCCAUGGUGGCCAGCUCGUGUUCUUGACAUAAACCUUAGCCAGAAGGAAAACGGGGAACCUUCAUGGCGAGAAGCUAAAGUAUCGUGGUUUGGUUCUCCAACGACUUCAUUCUUAUCUGUUUCAAAACUCUCUCCUUUCUCUGAGUUUUUCAAACUGAGAUUUAAUCGCAAGAAGAAAGGGAUGUAUCGGAAAGCUAUCACGGAAGCUGCAAAGGCAGUAGAGCAUCUGACUCCAGAAAUAAGAGAUCUCUUAACACAGUUUGAGACAUAACUUUGCCUCCAGUAUCAGGUAACGGAAGAUAAGAGCACAGCUGUUCUUCUAGAGGGUCACGAAGUCUGUAAACAUCCUGACAUGCUCCCCAGGAGAAUCUGGAGGUUGCCGUGUGUGUGGCAGAAGGACGAGUUUCCUCGUCAGAUUGCACUGCUUUUCAUCUGGGACAGGUGACAGGCACCGGGACUUGGCAUUAGGUGGCUCUUCUGGGCUGAGCCUGGCGGGAGAGUCUCGAGGAUAUCUUACCCUAGAGUGAGACUCUGACGAGUCGUACGGCAGUGAACUAGGAGAACAGCAAAAACCACAACUCGGAAUGUAUUUAUUACUUAAAACUUAGCUAUUCUUGAUAAAAUCCAAAAAUUUACUGCUGCUGCUUAUUUUACUUACAGAUUUCACACACUUGUUAAUUUUAAAGCUACCAAACUGUACUCUGAGAAAUGUAAUUGGAGCAGGACAUGCAAUAGAACGAAAUCAUUGUAGUGUCUUAAGUACAAUGGACUCACUUUUGUGUCUAUUAAAACUUGGAAAAUGUGCAA